CGCGGCACAGGCAGCUGGGAGGGAGACUGGGCCGGCAGAGAGGGAAGCGAGCGGAUCGCUGGGGCUGCUCCGCUCCUGCGCGCCCUCCGGCUCCCUGCCGCCCGCCGAGGCGCAGGCAGGGCGCAGGCGGCGGCGGGCGGCAUGGAGAGUCUGCUGGAGAAUCCCGUGCGUGCUGUGCUAUAUCUAAAGGAGCUCACGGCCAUCGUGCAGAACCAGCAGAGCCUCAUCCACACCCAGCGCCAGCGUAUUGAUGAGCUGGAGCGGCGGCUGGAUGAGCUAAGCGCCGAGAACCGCAGCCUGUGGGAACACCAGCAGCUGCUGCAAGCCCAGCCUCCGCCCGGGCUCGUUCCUCCGUCGCCAGCCCCGCUGUCCCCUAUCCCAGUCACCGCCGCCACCGCCACUGCUGUCGCCCAAGAACCGCUCCAGAACCACGGACAGCUCCUGCCCACCUCGCCACAGACUGUACCGGAGCAGCCACCGAUUCAGCACCACGGACAGCUCCUGGUGCAGCCCUCCCCGGCCCACAGCAGCAGGGCACACGCACCUCAGUCGCCCCACCAGCAGACGGUGGCGCCAGGGGCUGUCGCCAACAAGGAGAAGGAACGUCCCCCGAAUUGUUGCGCUGCCGCUGGAACCCUCCUUCAGCACAAAUCCCCCGCUGCCCUCGGCAAGGGCGUCCUGAGCAGGAGACCUGAGAAUGAGACCGUGCUGCACCAGUUCUGCUGCCCAGCCGCCGAUGCCGAGCAGAAGCCCUCCUGCGCAGACCCUGCCUCCCAAAGUGACGGCUCCUGUGCCCAGGCCAGUGGGGGCAUGGAGGACUCCGUGGUGGCAGCCGGCAGACCCAGUGCCCAUUCCCCGAAGGCUCAAGCCCAGGAGCUGCAGGAGGAGGAGGAGAGGCCAGGGGCGGGGGGUGCCUCCCCAAGGGCUGGCCCCCAUCGCGGGGCCUCCCCUGGCCUGCAGCAGCCUGCCCUGGCGACAGCGCUCUGCUCUCACGCCCCUGCUGCCUCCGAUUACGAACUCUCCCUUGACCUAAAGAAUAAACAGAUUGAAAUGCUAGAACACAAAUACGGGGGCCACCUGGUAUCCCGGCGCGCAGCUUGCACCAUCCAAACCGCCUUCCGCCAGUACCAGCUCAGCAAGAACUUUGAGAAGAUCCGCAAUUCGCUCCUGGAGAGCCGCCUGCCGCGCCGGAUCUCUCUGCGCAGGGUGCGUGCGCCCACAGCGGAGGGCCUGGCGGCGGAGAGGGCGCUCAUGGAGGGCUACGGCCUCCUGGGGCUGCCGCUGGUGCGCGCGCCCUCUCUGCCGCCCACCCUCGCGGGCACGCUCACCGAGCUGGAGGACUCCUUCACCGAGCAGGUGCAGUCCCUGGCCAAGUCCAUCGACGACGCCCUCAGCACCUGGAGCCUCAAAACCAUGUGCUCCCUGCAGGAGAGCGGCGCCUACCAGAUCCACCAAGCCCUGCGCGCGAGCGCGGGGCAGCCCGGCCUGGAGGCGGAGGCACGGGAGCAGGAGAGUGUCGGCCCGGGGUCCGAGGAGGAGGCCUCGGAGGCCGCGGGCCUGCCCCCGGGCCACAGCAGCACCCUAAUGAUGGCUUUCCGGGAUGUCACCGUGCAGAUCGCCAACCAGAACAUCUCCGUCUCCUCCUCCACCGCGCUGUCAGUAGCUAACUGCCUGGGCCCGCAAACUUCCCCGGCCCCAGCAGAGACCCUGAGGGGCCAGGCCGAGCUGGGAGAGGCCCGAGGUCAGGAGGCUCCAGUGGCCCCAACCGAGAGCCAGGGAGACGCGCCCGCCGAGACCACGUGCGCAGAGGCGGGAGUUGGGGAGACCCUGCGCGCCUACUCGCCUGGAGCAGCAGAUGGGGCGGUGGAUGCGAUGGUGGAGGAGGCCCCAGCCGCGCAGGUAGAGGAGGCAGAGACAGGAAAGAUGGGGAAAGGGGCCGAGGCCGAGGCCGAGACAGAGGCCGGAGACAACUCGGAGCAGCUGAGCAGCAGCAGCACGUCCACCAAGUCCGCCAAGUCCGGGUCGGAAGUCUCGGCGUCAGCCUCCAAGGAGGCCCUGCAGGCCAUGAUCCUGAGCCUGCCGCGCUACCACUGCGAGAACCCCGCCAGCUGCAAGUCGCCCACGCUCUCCACCGACACCCUGCGCAAACGCCUCUACCGCAUCGGCCUCAACCUCUUCAACAUAAACCCCGACAAGGGCAUCCAGUUCCUGAUCUCACGUGGCUUCAUCCCUGAUACCCCCAUCGGAGUGGCCCAUUUCCUGCUCCAGCGCAAAGGCCUCAGCCGGCAAAUGAUUGGAGAGUUCCUGGGCAACAACAAGAAGCAGUUCAACCACGACGUGCUAGACUGCGUGGUGGAUGAGAUGGACUUCUCGGGCAUGGAGCUGGACGAGGCCCUGCGCAAGUUCCAGGCGCACAUCCGCGUGCAGGGGGAGGCCCAGAAGGUGGAGCGGCUGAUAGAGGCCUUCAGCCAGCGCUAUUGCAUGUGCAACCCCGAGGUGGUGCAGCAAUUCCACAACCCUGACACCAUCUUCAUCCUGGCCUUCGCCAUCAUCCUCCUCAACACCGACAUGUACAGCCCCAACAUUAAGCCUGACCGGAAGAUGAUGCUGGAGGAUUUCAUCCGAAACCUUCGAGGUGUGGAUGAUGGCGCAGACAUCCCCAGGGAGCUGGUGGUGGGCAUCUACGAAAGGAUACAGCAGAAGGAGCUCAAGUCCAAUGAGGACCACGUCACGUAUGUCACCAAGGUGGAGAAGUCCAUCGUGGGCAUGAAGACGGUGCUGUCGGUGCCCCACCGCCGCCUGGUCUGCUGCAGCCGGCUCUUCGAGGUGACGGACGUGAACAAGCUGCAGAAGCAGGCGGCACACCAGCGGGAGGUGUUCCUCUUCAACGACCUGCUGGUGAUCCUCAAGCUCUGCCCGAAGAAGAAGAGCUCCUCCACAUACACCUUCUGCAAGUCGGUGGGCCUGCUGGGCAUGCAGUUCCAGCUCUUUGAGAAUGAGUAUUACUCACAUGGCAUCACCUUGGCGACCCCGCUCUCGGGCUCGGAGAAGAAGCAGGUGCUGCAUUUCUGUGCCCUGGGCUCAGACGAGAUGCAGAAGUUUGUGGAGGACCUGAAGGAGUCCAUCGCGGAGGUGACGGAGCUGGAGCAGAUCCGGAUAGAGUGGGAGCUGGAGAAGCAGCAGGGAGCAAAGACACGCUCCAAGUCCGGAGGAGCCCAGGUGGACCCACCGCCGAAGCAGGGAUCGCCCACAGCCAAGAGGGAAGCUGCGCUGGGCGAGAGGCCGCCGGAGAGCACGGUGGAGGUGUCAAUUCACAACAGGCUUCAAACGUCCCAACACAACUCCGGGCUGGGGGCCGAGAGGAGAGCCCCAGUGCCGCCACCGCCAGACCCACAGCCUAGCCCCCCGAGAGAGCAGCCCCGGCCGCUGCCGCCAUCGCCACCCACGCCCCCAGGGACCCUGGUGCAGUGCCAGCAGAUUGUCAAGGUCAUUGUCCUGGACAAGCCCUGCCUGGCCCGCAUGGAGCCCCUGCUCAGCCAGGCUCUCUCCUGCUACGCCUCUUCCUCCUCUGACUCCUGUGGCUCCACACCCCUGGGCGGCCCGGGCUCCCCGGUCAAGGUCAUCCACCAGCCCCCACUGCCCCCGCCCCCACCCCCCUACAACCACCCUCACCAGUACUGCCCGCCAGGCUCCCUGCUGCACAGGCGCCGCUACUCCAGCGGCUCCAGGAGCCUGGUGUAGACUGACCCCCACACUGCUGCCCCUGGGCGCUGCCGCCAGGGCCAAUGGGCUAUACCCAGGAGCCCCGGCCGCCCCUUCCCUGCUCCCCACACCCCAGCACGCUGUGUUCCUGGUCACCGUCAUCAGUCCUCCCCUGGCAA